GGAUAUCGAUACCGACGACAAUCAUCCCGCCCGCACCUGAUUGGCUGGCUAAGGUGGCGUUUCACAAUUCUCAAAACUUCCCGCAUCUUGUGUACGCACCCUGCCGCAUUCCAGCAAGUUUCACGCAAGUCUAUACUCUAGUAUACUAUAUAUGCGCGUAUACAUUAGUAAUUCAUUUCAUUGACAAUGGCGGUUUCUACUUCACAGAAGAGUUUAAAAAGAAAAUACGUGGAUAAUGACGAAGAUGAACCUUACGGGAAGGAGCAAAGAGCAGUGGCACCUAGAUUAUGUCCUUAUUUGGACACUAUAAAUAGGCAAUUUCUUGACUUUGAUUUUGAAAAGUUAUGCUCAGUCUCACUUUCAAGAAUAAAUGUGUACGCAUGUCUUGUGUGUGGAAAAUAUUUCCAGGGCCGUGGAAACAAUACACAUGCUUAUACACAUAGCGUAGCAGAAUACCAUCACGUCUUUUUGAAUCUCCAUACACUAAAGUUUUACUGUUUACCGGACAAUUACGAAAUUAUAGAUUCGUCGCUUGAUGACAUAAAAUAUGUUCUCAACCCAACAUUUGAUAAACAUCAAAUUGCUCAAUUGGAUAGGAAUGAUAAACUUUCCAGGGCUAUUGAUGGCUCAAUGUACUCUCCGGGCAUUGUUGGCAUGAACAAUAUCAAAGCUAAUGAUUAUUGCAACGUAAUUUUGCAGGCGCUGUCUCAUGUCACGCCACUUCGUGACUACUUUUUGAGGGAAUCAAAUUAUUCAAAGGUUAAGAGACCACCAGGAGAUUCAUCAUACCAACUUGUACAAAGGUUUGGAGAAUUAAUGAGAAAAUUAUGGAAUCCACGUAAUUUUAAGGCACAUGUAAGCCCUCAUGAAAUGUUACAGGCAGUAGUUUUGUGGAGUAAAAAGAAGUUUCAAUUUACCGAGCAAGGUGAUCCUGUGGAUUUCCUUUCAUGGUUCUUGAAUGCACUUCAUAUAGCAUUGAAUGGCACAAAAAAGAAAGAUUCGAGUAUAAUAUACAAGACGUUUUUGGGGCAUAUGAGGAUUUAUACACGGAAAAUACCACCGCUUGAAUUGGAAGAAAGUCAGCGAAGUGAACUCUUGAACACAGUUGAAUAUGGUGAAACUGUGACUGAGAGUCCAUUCUUGUACUUGACUUGCGAUUUGCCUCCUCCACCUCUUUUUAAAGAUCAGCAUGCAGAGAACAUUAUUCCACAAGUUAAUUUGUACACCCUUUUGAACAAAUUUAAUGCUGUUUCCGAAAAGGAAUACAAGACAUACAAAGAAAACUUUAUGAAGAGGUUUGAAAUUAGGGAACUUCCGCCAUUUCUUAUUCUGUACAUCAAGCGAUUUACCAAGAACACUUUCUUUGUGGAAAAGAACCCUACGAUUGUCAACUUUCCAGUAAAAAAUGUUGAUUUUGGCGAUAUCCUUACGCCAGAGGUGAAAGCGAUGCAUCCGUGUACAACAUACGAACUCGUGGCCAACAUUGUCCACGAUGGUGAACCUAGUCAUGGUACUUACAGAGUGCACAUAUUGCACAAGGCAACUGGGCAAUGGUACGAGUUGCAAGAUUUGCAUGUUACACAAAUCUUACCCCAGAUGAUAACCUUAACUGAAGCGUACAUUCAAAUAUACGAACUUAAGAAGGACGAUGCAGAGCCAACGAAUGGAAAAACGUAAUGACGAGAAGAUAAAUUUUGUAUUUUGUAUAAUAGCUUUAUAAAUUAUAAAUAAUUGAUUAAACGAUUAUUAAUUUUAAAAA